UGGUGUUGUUGUUGUUUGCCCGCGGACGGUGUGUUGGAGAAACCAUGGAGCCCAUAACCAAGUGGACGCCGAAGCAAGUUGUCGAGUGGAUGAGAGGAUUGGACGACAGCCUGCAGCAGUACGUGGGCAACUUUGAGCGGGAGAAGAUCAGCGGGGAGCAGCUACUAAAGAUCACACAUCAAGACCUGGAGGAGCUCGGCGUGGCCAGGAUCGGACACCAGGAGCUGGUGCUGGAGGCUGUGGAUCUUCUAUGCGCUCUGAACUACGGAGUUGAAACGGACAACUUGAAGAAUCUGGUUGUGAGGAUGAGAGCUGCCACCAACAGUCUGCACAUGGCCACGAGUGAUAGAAGGAAAAGCCCGGCGUAUGAAGGCAGCACCGCUCGCAAGCCCCCCAACGACUUCCUCACCUCUGUGGUGGAGCUGAUCGGCGCCGCGAAGAGCCUCCUGGCGUGGCUCGACAGGACGCCUCUUACAGGGAUCAGUGACUUCACAGCCACCAAGAACAAGAUCAUUCAGCUGUGCCUGGAGCUCACCACCACAGUUCAACAGGACUGCAGUGUUUACGAGAUGGAGGAGAAGAUCCUGGAAGUUUCAAAGGUUUUGAACAGCAUCUGCGAUCAGACUGUGAGAACCACCUCGGACCCCCUGAUGAGCCAGUCGGCCUGCUUGGACGAAGUCCUGCUGACCAAUAUCAAACCGGGCGAGGGUUUGGGGAUGUACAUCAAGUCUACCUACGAUGGGUUACAUGUCAUCACAGGAACCACAGAACAUUCGCCUGCAGACCUGACCAGGAAGAUCCACGCCGGUGAUGAGGUGAUCCAGGUCCACCAGCAGACAGUGGUGGGCUGGCAGCUGAAAAACCUGGUCGUCAAACUGAGGGAGGACCCUAAAGGUGUGGCGCUCCUCCUCAAGAAGAGGCCCACUGGCACCACAGGUUUUACCCCGGCCCCACUAAAGAACAUGCGCUGGAAGCCGCCAGUACCUCAGAAUAAUUCCUCCCUGAUCAGAGCCCAGUCUCCCUGCGGCUCAGCCAACGGAUCGACCAAAAAAGAGAAGCCAGCCAUCAUGGACUUGUACAUCCCACCUCCCCCUCAAAUGCCAUACACCCCACGAGAGAUGAGAACAGAGGCCAUCUCCAGCAUCAGUAAAAGACCAAAGGGCGCUGAGUCACCAAACUCCUUCCUGGACCUGGAGAGCAGAAGACGCUGCACAAUCGCAGACUACGACAAGCUCAGUGUCGGCUGUCCCAUUGAAGCCAACGUGAUACAGCCCAGGAUGAGGGAGCACAAGUCUUCACGUGGAAAGCCCCGACCUCUCUCUAUGCCAGUGGAUACUAGUGCUGGAGUGGUGGAUCCCUACGCCAAGCCCUGGGCACAAGGAAGGAAAGGUGAAGAACUCCUGUAUCGAUACCUGAGCAACGAGAGGAUCCCCACCAUAGUAGAGGAGGUCCCCUCAGUGUCUCCGCCCUACAGGCCUGCCGGGGAGCGAAACCUUGUCCGAGUGGACCACAUCCGGGGCAGCCGCUACUACUCCAACACAGACCUGCACAACAGCGCCACCAUCCCCUACCAGGAGGACAUCAAGAAGGCCCCCGUAGCCCCCGCCUCCAAGCGCACCACAGCAGAACGCUCACUACUGGUCAGUUGGAUCACGCGGCUUAAGCUAUUGACUCACUGAUGAUGCGCUUCCUGUCCGGGGCUUCCUGUUCCUGUCUUGUUCUUCCUCAGUGCCUUUUUUUUUUCUACGUCCAGCUGUGUUUUUUGGCAGCUUCAGGCUUUCUCACACUCCUCUCCACCCCAACCUCCAUACUUCCCUGGUGUUACUACUACUACCAACUACUACUCCUCAACCGUACUUUGCUUUUGUAGUACUCACUACAUUACGUCAUCAUCCCCCUUUAACACCGCCCACAGCCCUCCUCGCCUCUGCCCCCCCGGUCCCGUCUCUGCCUCAAGAGGAUUCCCUCUGUUCAGGUUUAGGACACGUUGGCCUUGUGUUGUGUCUCUGGACUCCUCUGUACAUACUGUCAUGUUUCAGUUGAAAUGCUCUCUGGUACCAUUAUUUAACGUUUCAGACAACUAUCACUUCAUCUACUUGCUGGGUUUGAUUUUAUUUGCAUAGCUAAGUUGUAAGAUUAAAAAUAAGUGGACAUAUUUUGUUAGUAAAACUGUGCUUUUACACUACAUGUUAUAUUUCUUUCUUUUUUAAAUUCACACUUGUGUGAUCCGUUACAUUACCCUCUGCCAACGGUUGCCUCUUGUAAGCUAUGCAUACACUUCAGAAGAAUUUCUAAAAGUCCCUACAGUCGACAAUGCUGCUUCAGUUUGUAAAAUGAUCUUUAUAUUUUGUCACCAGUGGAUAUAUGUGCAGGUUUUAAAGCUAUGCUCCCUGCAAUCCCCCACCUGAAGGGGCCUAUACAUGCAGCUGGUUGAUGGUAAUAACUAGUCUUUUAAAGCAAACACACAGGUCAAAUUUCCUCGUAUUGGCCGAUGCUAUGAAAAGACCACACGUCACAAGGGACAGAAUGACAGUAUUAUUUAAGAGAAAUACAGGGAAGACGUGUCUGAUGUUGCUUUA